AAACGCGCAAAAGAGCGGGAAAAGAUUCCAAUAUGGCGUCGAAAGAGGAGUCGGAGAAGACAGCAGACGUCAAGUAUUGUCAAAUAUUGAGUAUAAAUGAAAUUAAUUCUGCCUGUUUGUUGUAUGAAGACCGUGCUAUACGAACUUGGGGCAAGUAAGACACAUUUAGAAUGGGUGCCCAACAUCGUUUUCCUGUUGAACAUCAGAACAUGUGGUGCUUGUCAGCUACUCAGCUUGACACUUCACAGCUCAAUGUAUAAAUGUACUAGCAGUCUUGUGAACCUUAAAAAUUUUAAACAUUUUAAAACAAGGAGAUUUGGUUUUUUAACCGUGAGAUUUUAUUAAAAACUGGGAGAGCAAAUGCCAAAAUUAAAGUCAUGCAGUGUUCAAUCAUUUCCCCUUCAUUAUUUCAUUCUCUUCAACAACUUUUUACUAAGAUGGCUUUUCGAGAUCCCAUGUUAUAUCUCAUAUCCUUAUGAUCUACUUAUUGCUUAUUGUGCAAAAGUGGAUAAAAAAGCCAAACACUUGUAGUUCACACAGUAUAUAAGUUUUAGCUUGGACAUGCAUAAGUGAUUUUCACUUGAUUAAUUACUAUUUCUUGCCAGAUACAGUAUUUGAAUCUGGAAAAUAUUCCACUACUUCCUACAGGCAAAAAUUAAAUAAAGGUGUGACUUUUAGCUCUUAAAUGACACCUAUAAUUUGUGUCCUACCAAUAAAGCGUUGGGUCAUUCCAGAAAACAUCCAUACCACCCCCACAGAGGAAAUAGGAAGUUAACCCCCCCUACCACCUUCGGAUGUCCUAAUGCAUUUACUAUUAUCAGAAACAAUUUUGUCUCCCCUCCCCCUCCGGACAGCAGAAAUUUCCUCUGUGGGAGGAGUAUGGAUCUUUUCUGGAACGACCCAUUACCAAAUACGAAGGAGGUUAAAGAGGUUUAUAGUUGAAAACGUAUUUUUCCACCAUUGCCAUUGGGAAUUAAAAGCAAUUUCUGCAAAACUAUUGUCUGUGUGAUUGACAUUAUAGUUUUGGAUUCAAAAUUAAGAACUUGAAGAAUUAAAAUUUUUGCAAAACUGGAUGUUUACAGACUGCAUUCGUGAUCAAAGCCAAACAUUUCUCAACUGAUAGGAAUUGAGCUUUUAGUUAGGCAAAUGUGUGAAAAUUGGUAGAACAUAUAACUCCUAAUGGCAAUGCCAUGGGCUGAUAAAUGCAAUUUCUACUGGCCACUUUAAAUUGGAUUGUAUAAACAAAAAAGAUAAAAGCCUGAUCUUUAUUGCUAUAUUAGUGUGAGGAAAAUAAAUCUACUCUAACCUUAACAUGCCAAUGUUUGAUUACUUUUUCUUGGAUACAUGCUUUAUAAAUGUAUGUCUGAAUUUUUACAACACUUCAUAUUGGAACAUAUCCUAGUAAGGGAGCAGUCAUUAUUAAUGCUGGGGGGUGGGGCAGAAGAUAUUUCUCAUAUCAUGAUAAAUUUUUCAUGGCCCCUCAUUCUUUCCAAAUAAUUUUUCAUUGUCCCCCUUAAGAAUAUUAUUUAUUUUCAGCCCCCCACCGUGGUCCACCCUCUUUUCCUAGAUGAGGAUGUUUCCUGUAUAGCUUAAUUAGUUGUAGCCUGGGUACCUCCUCCCCACAGAUUGUAUUUUAGAGAUACAGGUAAUUGGAUCUCUAUAGGCAUUUGGGAGUUUGUGUUGUGCAACUUUCUUAUAAGCCUUAUUUAUAUUUACAGUUAAUAGUAAGUAGUUAUUGGUUUUUUGAUCUUCACAGGUCUGGAAAGUAGACCUUACCAUGAAAUAUUGUACAGUAGGUGCAUGUAUAUAGACAAAAUAGUGUGUGCGGUGUUUUGUGUAUUUUCUUUGUCGGUUCAUGCACAUGUCUGCAUGGGUCGGACAAUAUUUGGACUGCUUUUGCCAAUCAAUCCUCACAAUUUUCUAUAUAUUAAUAACAAUCCAUAAUAAAUACCACAAAACUAUUGCCAUACUGUUCAGUCUAAAAAACUUAUUUAUAAAUUACAAUCCUGAUAGCAUGGUCAAAUUUUUGCCCAUGCAACCCUGUGGAACACGCCUUUGAUUUGUAUGACAUCUACCUCAUUCCAAACAGACAAACAGACUUUUUUAACCUAUAACUUAACUUUAGAUACACAAAAGCUGCAACGCAAACCACACACAGCCUACAUUUAGCAUAGGGUAUAUAACAUACUUAUAAUUACACAAUAUUUCACAGUAUGGUCUGCCUCACAGACCCUGUGAAUACCCAUGCACAAAUGGUACACAAAAUACUUAACGCUUAGAGAAGUCUUGUAUACUCAUUUAUCUGGGGAUAUAUAGGACAUAGCAAUCUACAUGACAAAAUAAAUUAGUUAUCACAUACUUCACAGGAUAGUCUGCUUGCAAGAGAGUAAUGUACAUCAUCAUAUCGCACCUAUAUCUAUCAUUAAGAAAUAAUUUUACACAACAUGUGCAUGAACCGACAAAGAAAAUACACAGAAUACCGCACACAUUAAAUACAUGCGCCUACUAUAUGUACAAUAUUUCACGGUAAGGUCUACUCCAGACCCUAUGAAGAUUAAAGAAACCAAUAACUGAAUAAGGCUUAUAAGAAAGUUGCACAACGCAAAAUCCCAAAUGCCUGAAUAGAGGUCCAAUUACCUACUGACUGUAUCUCUAGAAUACAAUACAAGUAUGUGGUAUUGAAGUUUAUAUUACAGUGAAUUGGUGAUGUUUUAUAAUUAUUUUUGGUAGCCCAAAUAAUGACUGCUCCCUAACUAGUACUUAUAGUCUUAAUUUAUAUUCCUAGGGUGAUUUCCCAUGAUAUACACACACAACAAGCUAUAGUUAUGGAUGACGCUGGAGAGAAAUUAUCUGUCAAUACUGCAAAUAUUGAGCCAUAUGGUUUUACUCUAGGACUCUAUUAUAAUCUCAUAGGAGAUAUGGUCAAAAGUGAAAAAUCUAUUAUGACAUUACAAGUACGUACUGUGACAUGUAUAGAUGAAUUGGAUAUUGAUCUGUUUGUGAAAGCAUUGGAACUAAGACGAAAAUUUCUUAAUGAAAAAGUUACGUGAAAGACAGAAAGGAUUUGAGAUUGCACUGUACCACAUCUUUAAUAAUAAAUGAAACUUCUCACACCUGAAAAGAACUAAAAGAAAAACAGAUGAUAGAAAAGACAGAGAGAUAAUGGGAAAGGCAGAUAGAUGUUGGAAAAGACGGAUAUGUGAUCACGGACAGACGAUGGAAUGCUUGUCUUUCCUUAUAUAGGGUUGAAGAAGCAUUGCCAGUUAUUUCCAGAUUGACAUACUUACUAGGCUUACCUAUAAAGCGUCCGAUCUGUUUCACACCCCCAUUUCAUUGCCCUACAAACUACAAAUUAAUUCUUAUCUCGCUUUCUUUCUUUUUUUAUACUGAUCAAUGGUUUCUAUCCCAGCUUAUAACGUCUAAGGUCGUAGUUAAAUCAAUUAGAAAAAGCUCGUCUUUGUCAGACUUUGACAACACAAGUGACACAACACCUUGCAGUUUAUAAGGCUGAAUUGCGUGCUACUUCACAAAUUAGAGACUAAACUCCAAAGCAUAUAUAGGUUAUUUUACAAAAAUGAUUUAAUAAGUUAAGAAACGUAAGAAAAUUAUUUAAGACAAGCUGGAAUAAAAGUUUCAAAAUAUUUCUGUGUAUUAGCUUUAUAGGUAUUUGAAAGUCACGAGUUUUCCGGCUCAGUUCAUAAUUUAGGGAAAGAUACUCUGGUAAAAUGUGAGUGUUUGUGCUGGG